UUCCUCCCCUUGGAGAGGGAGCCUCUUCCCUCCCUGGGCGUCCUUAGAAUCUUGUCUUAGGCUUUAUGACAAUUCAUAGUGUGCACAAGUGCGUGGAGUCCCACUCGAGUGCUCUUUGACCCUGCUGCUGUCCGUAAGCUCUGGCACUUCUCUGGAGUCACUUGACAGCUUUCCCUUAACAUUUGGCUCUUUCCUCUUUGAAGAAUUCCUGUUAGUGGGUGGUAAGCAUUACAUUCACCUCUUGAAACUUGUCUUUACCUUUCAUUUCUAGGAAGGACUUCGAUUUGUUUUAUAAUCCUGUUUAAAAAAUUUUCCCCACUGCUGGGGGUUGAACCCAGGGGCCCUUCACCGGUGAGCUACAUCCCAGCCCUUUUAGUUUGUCUUGAGGCAGGGUCUUGUUAAGUUGCUUAGGACCCUGCAAAGUUGCCCAGGCUGGCCUGGCACUUGUGAUUCUUCUGCCUCAGCCUCCCAAGUCACUAGGAUUAUAGGAGUGUGCCAUGGUACUUGGCUUUGUUUUAAAUAUUUUUUUCUACAAACCUAAUUUCUAAAAAUGUAUGUGUCCUGUUCUUUAUUAUAAUAGACAACUGUUUUAUAAAUGUGUUAUUUCCUAGACGCUGAGAAGUGAGGAUUCUUUUAGGUUCUCUUGUGUUUAAAUUUCUUGUUUAAUGGCACUUUUUUUUUUUUUUUUUGGUAAAUGUUGGCUUCUUGCCUUACAUGGUAGGUCCUCCUCCAAUAUUUGCAUUAUUAUUGUCUAAGGCAAGGGGAAACUGGCACAGAACCCUGGGUCUGUAUGGGGCUGGUUUUGAAAAUGGGUGGGUUUCCUCUGGGAGCUUGGUACAGUGGGACCUGGAAUUCCAGAUUUACACAUUUUCUUUGGGCUGUGCAUCUUCUCUCUAGAAGUCCUCUUUGCUUGGGGUCUGCUCCACCUGUCUUUGUGGGGGCCUUAGCAGAAGCUGACUUUAGGAAGCAGGCCUGGCCCCCUCUGCCAAGGUCUUCAGCCUGCUCAUGGGCUUCUGUGGGGCCUAGAGCCCCACUCCCUGUGUUGCCUGGGUUGGAUCCUCUGUCAGAAAUUAGUGAAGCCUUUUGCUUGCCUCCACAUUCUCUUUCUUGUGGGUUUAUUAUCUCUAUUAGUAAAGAAAUCAUUUUAAAAGAAUAGGUUGGUCAGUCACUUUGAGCAGGAAUUCAAAACUUUUCUUCACCCCACUCUCCUACCUCCUUGAAGUCUUGGUGAUAUGUCCACCAGCAGAAGGGAGAGGUGUCAGGUCCAUACUUCCUGUAGCUGUCUCAAAUUGAGAGAAUGGUUCUGGCUCUGCAGACUUGGAAGGGGCUUCAGGCUCAGCUGGGGAAGGUCAGUCAGAUGUGUGCAGCAAACACUGUGAUUUCAGACUCUUGGCUUCUCCCAGGACCAGGUAUACUGGGCCGAGCUGGGCUAGGGGCUCAGCACUCUGCAGUUUGAGGCACACCCGCAGUCAGUGAUGGCUACACUUGGAGCAUAGCCUCCGUGCAGUCCAGUGAGUCUCCCACAUGCCAGUUGUGCGAGAUGAUUUUAGCUCUGUCUGCCGGAGGCUUGCUAGCAGAAUGGUCCACAGCAUGGAUCAGCAUUGCAUUGUUUGAGUUUAUGAAAUCACCAGAUCUAUGGAAUCAGAAUUUAAACUUGGUAAAAUUUUAAUUUCAAGUAAUUUUUAGUCAUUACAGAAAAAUAACAAAACUACUUUGGUCUAUUUCCCCACUCUCUUCCCUUGCUCCCCUAAUGUUGACAUCUUACAUAAUGAAAUAGCCAUAUAGAAACCAGAAACAAUAUCUUAUUGGGGCUAUUAAGUAAGAUAUAGACCUUAUUCAAUUCAGUUUUCUACUUUUUUUUUUUUUUUUUUUUUGAUACUGGGGAUUAAACCCAGAGGCUCUUAUCCCCUGAGCCAUAUCCCCAUCCCUUUUUGUUGUAUAUUUUUUAGAGAUAGGGUUGCUGAGUUGCUUAGGGCCUGGCUAAAUUGCUGAGGCUGCCUUUGAACUCUGAAUCCUCCUGCCUCAGCCUCACAAGUUGCUGGAAUUACAGGCGUGCACUACCAUGCCCUUUUUUGUUUCAGUAUCUAAUAUAGGUCGCUACUUAUGCGUUUAAUUGUCAUGCCUUUUCCAACCUGUGGUUAUUUACCUAAUCCCAAAGUAUUACCACGGUACUACCAUGGUAUUUAUAAAUAAAAUAGUAACUAUACAGUGGAAAAACUCAGCAGGUGCCACCUGAAGCAUACAAUCAACUACCAAUGUUAACAUUACUGGUAAUGAGACUUUGAUGUCAACCCCCCAUGAUGUAGGCCGAGGACACAUCACUUCUGGUGCUGGUGCCAGACGUGCAGUCUUGUCAAAGCGAAAUGUUGAGGGAUAUUGACAAAACUGACCAGUGUUCCUCACAAGUGUCCUGGUCCUGAAGGUCAGAAACUCAGAAUUUUUGGCAAGAAGAGGACCAGGUGAUGCAAAUGCACAUUAACGCUCAAGAAAGACCUCCGUGCCAGGAAAUAAAGGCCCAAAACCUUGUUUUGUGAGUUGGUGAGUAGGUGCUCAGGAGACAUUCUAGAUGAGUUUGCAAUGAUGGUUUUUUUAUUGAUGGCAUUCGGUAUGGCUUAUUUGUCUUUUUUCCUGAUAGUUGUCAUCUGUACUAUGUAAAUCACCCAACCUUAGUUCCAUAAGUAAAUUAAUUACAUGACACGGAAGUCUUUGACUUUUAAACAUUCAUGUAACUUACAGUACCCCUUCAGCUGCUGAAAUCCUGAAAAACAUUUUCUCUGGAAGAAAAUUUUCUUGGGGAGAAUAUAUACUGAGGAUCUCUACAAGAAUGUCCAGAUAAAAGCUUUAAAAAGUCCUCAUACGCAUGAGUGAAGUGCUAUCCUGUGUGGAUGGAAUAAGUCAGUGGAGCUUGGAACUGGCCCUGGAUCCCAGUGGAGGAGCUAGCGUCUCUGCAGCCUGGAGCCUGGAAAUAUUCUUGAAUUAAAAUAUAACGGAACAUUGACAUACACAAGCAGGUGACAGACACCCAGCGCCCUGUGAGCUGGACCCCUGCUUGCGGGCCGGCCCCUCUCUGCUCCUUCUGGAUGAUGUCAGAACAGGACCUAGCGGAUGUGGUUCAAAUCGCAGUGGAAGACCUGAGUCCUGAUCAUCCAGGUACAGAGCUGUGGGACAUUGUCCUGGAGAAUCAUGUAGUGACAGAUGAAGAUGAACCUGCUUUGAAACGCCAGCGGCUAGAAAUCAAUUGCCAGGAUCCCUCUAUAAAGUCUUUCCUGUACUCCAUAAACCAGACAAUAUGCUUACGGUUGGAUAGUAUUGAGGCCAAGCUGCAAGCCCUGGAAGCUACUUGCAAAUCGUUGGAGGAGAAGCUGGAUCUGGUCACCAACAAACAGCAUAGCCCUAUCCAGGUCCCCAUGGUGGCGGGCUCUCCACUUGGCGCCACUCAGACCUGCAACAAAGUGCGAUGCGUCGUCCCCCAGACUACAGUAAUACUCAACAAUGAUCGGCAGAACGCCAUUGUAGCCAAGAUGGAAGACCCCUUGAGCAACAGGGCACCGGAUUCCCUGGAAAAUAUCAUUAGCAACGCUGUUCCCGGGCGGCGGCAGAACACCAUCGUGGUGAAGGUGCCGGGACAGGACGACAGCCACUAUGAGGACGGGGAGAGCGGCUCGGAGGCCAGCGACUCUGUGUCCAGCUGCGGCCAGCCGGGGAGCCAGAGCAUCGGGAGCAACGUCACCCUCAUCACCUUGAACUCGGAAGAGGAUUACCCCAACGGCACCUGGCUGGGCGAUGAGAACAAUCCUGAGAUGAGGGUGCGCUGCGCCAUCAUCCCCUCUGACAUGCUGCACAUCAGCACCAACUGCCGAACGGCCGAGAAGAUGGCGCUCACGCUGCUGGACUACCUUUUCCACCGUGAGGUACAGGCCGUGUCCAACCUCUCCGGCCAGGGCAAACAUGGGAAGAAGCAGCUGGACCCGCUCACCAUCUAUGGGAUCCGCUGUCACCUUUUCUAUAAAUUUGGAAUCACGGAGUCUGACUGGUAUCGAAUCAAACAGAGCAUUGACUCCAAAUGCCGGACAGCAUGGCGGCGAAAACAGCGAGGCCAGAGCCUGGCGGUCAAGAGCUUCUCGCGCAGGACUCCGUCCUCGUCCUCGUACAGUGCCUCAGAGACCAUGCUGGGUACCCCACCACCCUCCAGUGAGCUCCAGCAGCCGCAGCCGCAGGCCCUGCACUACGCCCUGGCCAACGCACAGCAGGUGCAGAUCCACCAGAUUGGAGAGGACGGGCAGGUGCAAGUAAUCCCACAGGGCCACCUCCACAUCGCCCAGGUGCCUCAAGGGGAGCAGGUGCAGAUCACGCAGGACAGUGAGGGCAAUCUACAGAUCCACCACGUUGGCCAGGACGGGCAGGUGCUUCAGGGUGCUCAGCUGAUUGCCGUGGCCUCCUCAGACCCUGCCGCAGCCGGAGUGGACGGGUCCCCUCUCCAGGGUAGUGAUAUCCAGGUGCAGUACGUCCAGCUGGCACCAGUGAGUGACCACACGGCCACAGCACAGACGGCCGAGACCCUGCAGCCCACCCUGCAGCCUGAAAUGCAGCUUGAACAUGGAGCCAUCCAGAUACAGUGAGGCAGGAGGGACCAUCACAGCAGGACUGCACUGGCCUGGCUCAGCCGACAGCCUUGGUCUCCACGUGCCCUGUUCUCACUCUGACCUGGAAGCGACUGUGCGGAUUCUCUGUGGCGCAUCCAAAAGCCUCCUCCUGCACAGGGUGCCCUGGCUGUCCCUGCCAAGAGGACCCUGGUUUGAGUCAUGCUGCUGGGUCCGGAAGGGGAGCACAGCACCGAACACGUUGAGCACACUUGGAAAGUCAAGAAUGACGAUGUUUUGUUUAAACAGCUUUUUUUAAUUUGCUAUGGUGUUUAUAACAAAAAAGAAAAUUGGAAAAAAAAAAAGAAAAACAGUGGCGUAACAGAAGGCUUUUGCUGUGUGCUCUUUUCAGCGCCAUGGAGACACGUUUGCAAGAGACGGCUAGCGGUUUUGAUGGAAAGAUUGCUUACCUACUUUUCUAGGGGGGUGCUCUCCCACACACUGUAAUUAUGCAUUUUUAAUGAAAUAAAUUGUAUUUAUGACCAA